CCCGGAGCCUAUUCCAGACUCUCCCACCGGCACCCCCUGGAGGCGGACAUGGGGCCUCUCCUGGACCAUCUCUGAGAAAAAAACGGGACCAACUGCUUGUCCCCAGCCUGGGAGCGAGCCCUAGAUGAGUCCAAGCUGUCGCGCGCCACUGGCCAGGCAGAUACAGCCCAGUCCCGAGCUCCUUCCUGGCCUCUUGCUUCUGCUCUGGCUGCCCGCCAGCCCAGCCCACCGUGGCCCCCAGCUCUUGGGGGGAGCCCACCCCCACGGGACCCCACGCUGCUAUUCAGCCGAGGAGCUGCCCCUGGGCCAGGCCCCGCCACACCUGCUGGCUCGAGCUGCCAAGUGGGAACAGACUCUGCCCGUAGCCCUGGUGGCCAGCCUGGAGGCGGAGGGCCGCAGAAGGCGGCAUGACAGGCCCCCAGCUGGGACCCAGUGCCCGGUGCUGCGGCCUGAGGAGGUACUGGAAGCCGACAUUCACCAGCGCUCCAUCUCGCCCUGGAGAUACCGCGUGGACACGGACGAGAGCCGCUACCCGCAGAAGCUGGCCUUCGCCCAGUGCCUGUGCCGGGGCUGCAUCAGCGCCAAGACGGGCCGGGAGACGGCCGCGCUCAACUCCGUGCCGCUGCGGCAGACGCUGCUGGUGCUCCGGCGCCGGCCCUGCUCGCGCGAUGCCGCGGGGCCGCCCACGCCCGGGGCCUUCUCUUUCCACGCGGAGUUCAUCCGCGUGCCCGUGGGCUGCACCUGCGUCCUGCCCAGGUCGGCACAGUGACCGGAGGCCUCGGCUGUCUUGGUGGCAUCGGGGGGGCCAUGGGCCGCCCCCCCAGACUGGACAAUUGGGGUCUCUGCAAAGAGGGUCCCUACUAUUUAUGGGUAUUUAUUGGUUAUUUAUUUGCCUCCUGGGGUUCCCCGGGGAGGUUCCGAGGCUCCGGGCCUUGGGGCUGAGAACGGGCACUGAAGAGCCACGUCCCUGGGCCUGCGGGGUCAGCCUGCGCCGGUCAGGCCCAUCUCGAGACUCGGUUUACCCUUCCUGCAAAAACAGUUGGGCUAGAAGGAAUCAUUUUAUUCUUCUAGAGCUUCUUAAACAAAAUGUGUUCUCAUGUCCCCUCCUUGUCGGUGGUUCCCCGGGCACCCUCACACCUUCACCAGCCUCGGGCUGGUCCCGGCCCCCAAGCUCCCCCUUCCCAGCCCCCCCAGGAACAAGUACCCUUGUAUUGCUAAAACAAUUAUUUAU